CCUCAUCUCCUGGGAAGCUGUUACCAUGGCAAUGAACACAUCCAAAUAUGACAACAUCAAGAAAGUUCUUAUCCGAUCAGGAUCUCCUGCUGUGUAUCGGCUGAGACCAAGGAAAGAGAACAUCCUACCUCUGAGAGCAAAAACCGUGGACCUUCAACAUGCAACAACACAGAAAGAGGAGAUUGGAUCUCUGACAAGAAUGACUCUUGGUGAAAGAAAUCCAAACAAGAUAAACAAAACCAUCUUACUUGUUGGUGAAACAGGAACAGGAAAAUCUACUCUGAUCAACGCUCUGGUCAACUACGCCAUGGGAGUGAAGUGGGAGGAUGAUGUCUGGUUUCAGAUCGUAGAGGACGAGAAGAGAAGUCAAUCAGAAAGUCAGACAUCAGAUGUGAUCGUGUACCAGAUCUUUGGUUUUGAAGGUAAACCUUUGCCCUACUCUCUGACCAUCAUCGAUACCCCUGGAUACGGAGACACCAGAGGGAUCAAAAAAGAUGACAUUGUCAAUCAAAGAUUAUUAGACCUGUUCCACUCAGAAGAUGGAGUUCAUGAGAUUGAUGCAGUGGGUCUGGUGCUGAAAGCGAGUGAGAAUCGACUGAGUGACCGGCUGAGGUACAUCUUUGAUUCAGUGGUGUCUCUGUUUGGAAAAGACAUGGAGAAGAACAUCGUCGCCCUCAUCACACACUCAAAUGGUGUGACACCUGAAAAUGUUCUGAAUGCUCUCGAGGCUGCAAAGAUUAAAUGUGCCAAGGAUGAAGAGAAUGAGACUGUUCACUUCCUGUUUGAUAACUGCCAGAGCACUCAGAAAACAAAGAAAAAUAAGAUUGCUCUAAAAGGUGCAUGGGAAGUAACAAAGGACCAAAUUGGUCAAUUCGCUGAUUUCCUGACAGAAAAUUCUCCUCAAAAGCUGGAGACAACUGUUGAAGUGUUGAAUUCACGCAUCAGACUGACAGCCUGCAUCCAAGAUGCACAAAACAGAAUUAAGUUUAUUGAUGAAAAACAGAAAGAAAUCCAACAGACCCAGGAAGCUCUGAAGAAACAUGAAGAAGAGAUGAAGAACGAUGAGAACUUCACUAUAGAAGUUGAUGAGGUCUACACAGAUACAGAACCUAUCAAUGGUGGGACGUGGGGGUUAUGGUUCUAUGAAGGAGCUGUCUGCUGCAAAACAUGUGAGAGGAACUGUCACUAUCCUGACUGCACAGUGGCCUGGUAUCCAAGAGACUGCGUGGUCAUGAGUGGUGGCCGCUGCACUGUAUGUGGUUGUUCUGUAUCAGAUCAUGUCAAAGAAGAGUGGAAGUAUGUGAACAAGACAAGAAAAGUUAAAAAGACCCUGCAAGAUGUGAAGGAGAAGUAUGAAAGGAAAAAAGCAGGAAGUGAGAGCCUUCUGGAAACUCUUGAGAAGGAGAUAGCAGAACUUCAGAAAGAAAAAGAUCAGUUGUUGGAAGAGUCCUUUCAGCAUGUUGUCAAACUGGAGAAGAUCGCCCUGAAUGUUAAUUCAGUGUCUAUUUAUGACAACUUGGACUUCCUGAUUGAGAAGAUGAAGGAGAAAGGAGACACAGAGAGGAAGAGGAAACUGGAAGAGAUAAAAAGUCGAAUGGAUAAAGAUAAAGGAAUCAUGGCAGCGCUGCGCUACGGGUUUGGUCAACUAACAGCAGCUGGUAAAGAAAAGAAGUAGUGAUGAACUAGAAUCACUGUGAGGAGACAGCUGUGUAUUAAACAAGGUCUACACUGAUGAUCAAAUGUGUUUCAUUACAGUUUUAUUAAGUAUUAAGUGUGAUGUUUAUAACAAAAUUAAAAUGUAAUCACCUUUUAUAUGUUAAAUGUGUCAUUCCUGGAAACAGUGCUCUCUGUGGUGUAAUGACUGUUUCUGUUUGUUUUUGUAGUUUAAUGUUUAAUCACCAAAAGUUACUUCACUGAACAGAUUAGACAAUCGCUCUGGUUUUAAAUGCAGUGAGGCACUUCACACUUCAGCCAUGAAAUAUAAUCAAUAUAUGUGAUCAUAUAUUAUAUACCCUUG